AUGGAUUCCGGCUCCCAUAAGAUCUAUCAUGUACAUGGAUUUGAUUCCAGACAAGGUUUGGAAGAUUAUUUUUCAGAUAAACCUGAUAUGGUCUUUGCAGAGGAUUCCUUGAUGUUUCCCAUUGAAAAUCUUACAAAAACCUUUGCAGAGGGACAUAUUAGAGGAGAUGUCCUGCUUGACCUCAGCUCUGGUCCUGUGGUUCAUCAUCUAUAUUCAGCCUGUGAGUUUUUCCAACACAUCAUAGUCCUGAAGGCCAGUGACAGAUGUAUCAUGGAGUUGAAGAGAUGGCUGGACUCACGGACAGGAGCAUUCAAUUGGGGACAUGCCACAAAACUACAUUUAGAAAAAGAAGAUAAAAGUGACCUGUUACAAGACAAAGAAGGAAAAGUGAGAUCAGUCGUUCAACAUGUGAUGAAAUGUCACCCUGAGAAAGAAAAUAUGACGGAUCCGAUAGUCUUACCGCCAGCAGAUUGUAUCAUCAGCGUUUUGCUCCUAGAUGUUAUCUGCAAAGACCAAGAUGAUUAUAUCAGAUAUCUCAGGAAGUUCUCAGGGAUGCUGAAACCUGGAGGACGUCUCUUAUUAUUUGGGUUUUUAGGUAUUACAUAUUACACUGUUGGGAAAGACAAGCUCCAUGCUUUCACAUAUGAUGAGGAUUUUGCCAGGAAAGCUCUAGUUGGAGAAGGAUUUGUUAUAGAUAAAUGUGUGGUUAAGAAGAGAACAAAUGUGAGUGACCUUAUUGACUAUAAGGCCAUCAUGUUUAUUGUAGCUCAUAAGGAGAAGUAG